GCCUUCACAUUACUCUAGCACUGGGUGAAAAGGAGGGAAGUUCAGGACGCGCUCCAAAACCAAAAGACACGUAUAUUGAUCAGAAAAUGAAGCUCCUAGUGGAGCUCGAUCCACAGGGUAGUUCUUUGCAUGCUCUGAUGAAAAGGAUAGCAGAAAUUACAGCUCUAAGAUGGACAACUUCUCUGUUUGAUCACAUAUUACAACAUUGCCAGUUUCAAUUGCAUGACGUUCAACUGACUUUGCAGUCAUCUCUUCCUAAUGAUUUUGUUUCCUUCUCUUUUCAAAUGAAGAAACUUGGCGUGGGGUGCCAAUCUGUUGGGUUUUGUUUCAUCAGUGGGGUCAUCAGUUCAUUUUUUUUGCCCUCUAGAGAAAGCUACUUUGAUAUUGACGUUCAAAAUUUCGAGACUAUAUUGAAGACCGAGUAUCACAUAAGCAAUAUUGUUCCGUCAACGAAUCUACACGCCUCAGUUAAAUCAAAAAGUCUUAUUUGUCUAGACUUCUAUUGUAAUGUUGAAGCACUGAAACUUUACCUAUCUCCGUUUCAUGUUUCCACUAUACUUCUACUUUUUGUUUUGUCAUCGAAAGAGGCCAAGUGUGUUAGAAGUGGUAGGCAACUGUGGAAAAUAGCAGCAGAGAAAAUUAGGUCCUUAACUUCAAUGCACAAGUUUUUAUUACAUAAGUUUGUUUACAUAAUAUGUAUCUGGGUUCAAUAUAUACACACCUAUGAGAAAAUGCUAUUAUUGGUUGGGUACCCAUCAGAAGAUGCAAUAAGAAGAUCAGCUGAGUUUAUGAUUAGGGGUAAAGCAUACUCCAUAGCUGUUAAGCAGCAUUGGAAGAAAAUUUGCCAAAUUGAGGAAGACCUGCCCAGUGAGGCCAUUACACUGGCAAGACAAAUAAUACGCAACAGAGCUGCUUCAGGUGCCCAAAGGAGAAAACAAUUAUUCCAUCAGUCAAAAGUGGGGUCAUUUUCCUUGGUUUGCAAACCACUCCUCUUAGUUGGGAAGUACAUUUGUAGCAAUUUUCACUUCAUUAAAGGUCUUUUCUUUCAAAAUACCGCUGGUAAAUGUUCAAAUUCCAAUGAAAAACUUGGACACGUUCCAGAUAGCUCUUUUCUAUGUCGCUACAUUGGCCUAGACGUGGGUGAAUUUUUAAUUUCCAUGUCCCCAGAAGAUGAAGUUCACCCUUGUGUUAGUGAGAAGAUGCUCUCUGAUAUUGGGUUCGCAUACCAUGAGUUACUUUCAUUUUCUCUUUCUAUUGAUGUACUCUGCUUUAGAUAUUCUGAAAAUACUACGCAACAAUGUUUUUCUGUUGGCUGUCAAUCCUUGAAUGUGGUUCCUUUAUCUCUCAUGGAAAGCAGUUAUAGAAAUUCUGCCAAAUAUUUGAACGGAUCUCAGAAAACGAAGGCUCAUAACUUGUCCCCUAUUUUAUGGAGCGAGCCUGCAGCAAUUGUACACCCUGUGGAAAUUGAUGGCUAUCAUGCUAAUAAGACUGGUGUCCCGUGUCUUUCUUUUAUAGACUUUAUGAUAGGAGAAAUGCUCUUGAAGUGGAGAAAAUGUUGUUCAAAAGAUGGAGCUAAUGAAAUCCAGGAUUUUGAAAACCCAUUCAUUCUUUGUGAGACAAAGAGUUUUUUGAUUGAUCAAAGCCAGAAGAAUAUUAUAGCUGGGUCUUUAAGUUGUGGUAUGGUGGUUGGACGGUUGAACUUAGUUAUUGAACAUGCAUCUGUUGUAUCUAUUAGUGUAAUUUCUACACAGAUUAAGAGUGCCCUUUCAUGGACUCAGUGUAACAUGAAAAAAGAUGAUGCGUUGCAUGCUUCAGCAUCCCUAAGUGACCAACCCUUUAUAGACUGGAGUAGCAAAUACAAUUCACUUUCAAACGGAAUGGCAAUAGCAGCUAAUAAGUUACUUCCGCAAAAGCAUAUUCGAAUGGGAAUAAGAGUUGCUGGGCCACACAUUCAGAUUUCUUUGAAAAAGGUGGAGCUUCAUGGCAAGAUAACAGAUCAACAUCAUUCAACGAGGAACAAUAUGGCCCACCUUCGAAUUGAAGCUGACAAUGUGGAACUUGCGGUUUUACCGAAUCUGGAAUCUGAUUUCAAUUUCUCAAGUGAAUCCAUGACAGUUGCUGAUGCAAAAGCAAAGAUCACUACCCUUCAUCAGGGUGACAUUCCCAAGUUAAAUGGUGAAACAUUUAGCUCCCAAGGAUGUAUCUCAAUCGACGCGCACCUAAAAUUUGAUGGGGUGAAAGUUUAUCUUGAUGUAACAGAUGAUCCACAUCGCCCUGUUAUUCUGCUAACUCCUGUUACAUUCAGGCUAUUAUCUUCAAGGAAGGAUGUGCACUCAUUGGGUUCAACAGUGGGUGUCUGGUUUAUUUCCUUAAUUUGGACUGCUGGUGGGCUGGCUGUGGUAUUAUUUUUGGAUGAAAUAGAUGUUUUGGUAAAGGCAGCCCAUGUUUUGUCUCGUGCAAUGUUACAUGUAUCUGAUUUGCCCGGUUUAGCUGCCUGCCUUGAUCAUCAAAAGAAUUCACGCCAAGAAGUGUCUUCAAAUCUUGGAAACCAUGAAGCAGUGAUGACUAGAGGUGGAAUGUUUUUUAGUAGUCUUGUCAUUCUUGAGAAUAUCUGUGAGCUGAAAUCAGUUGAAAUCAUCCUUCACCAUUCCAGGAAGCAGUGUAGUGCAGAUUCAGAUAGGAUGAAUGCUCACAAAGAUACCAACCAGAAGCUUGAUAGUGAAGCCUUGUUAGACUGUGGAAUCCACAUAUCUGUUCAGCACUUUGAUAUGUUGUUUUCAUUUGAAACUGAAAAGGUGGAUAUUUGCAUCAAACUAUCUGGGUUUCAAUGUGAUAUUCUGGGACAAAUAAAUGAGAUUGCUGAUGUUUCUGAUCGAUUAGAACUUACAAAUGUUAUCCAAUCAUUGCAUCAGUUAUAUGGAGCAUCAUGUUCAAACUGUAAAUUUGAAAUAUGCUGGAAAGCCAUACCACUCCCCAGUUUGAAAAAUUCAACUGAUGCUUCUACAUCUGGCAGUGCAACUUUGAAUAUUUCUGAAGAUCCCCCCUCAGCGGCGAAAGCUGAUGAGCAUUCUUUUGAUUGUUUACACAUGAACAUUGUUCUUGCUGAAGUUUAUUUAGCUGGAUGCCCUGUAAAAAAUUUGUUAGUUCAACCACACAAAUCAAAUAAUCUUCAAGGAUCUCUUUCUGUUGGUGGAGAAUUUUAUAAUAUCUCUUGCCAGACUCAGGGAGGUUAUGUUGUGAUUGAAUCAGCAGCACUUAUAAUGUUUGUUCAAUGCUUUGCACUAUACUGUUGCCGGUUCAGUGAGAUUUGGCCUGCUGCAACAUCAUCCAGGGAAACACAUGCUGGAAAUGUGAAAUCUAUGAAAAAUUUACCAAACCAAGAAUUGCAGAACCAGCAAUUAAUUAAUUGGAACCAAUUGAAGGCACUGAGUAUAAAUAUUUCACAACUUUCUCUGGCAUUCAUGGGCAGAGAUGAAUCCGGUAGACUUCAGCAACUCCUGCUUGUGGCUACCAGUCAUUUUAACCUCAAAGAACCUAUGAAGUUUUCAUUUAGUAUUUCAAAAUUUUCAAUUCUUUCAUGCUCUGUUGACAUAGGCAUGGAACAGAAAAUCAGAGACACCAACAUUCUCUCUUCUUCUUCUCCUUUGAUGUCAAACAAGAGACACAGCGGUCUUUCAGUUUCCUCUUUAAAGCAUCAGAAUAAGAUUCACUCUAAUGAUGCAAGUAGCUCAAGCUCUCAUGUUUUUCAAAAGGAAACUAUUGCUGAUGAUUCAGGAAAAUCUUGUGUGGAUGAUGUUUUAUCACAAAACUUGCUUGCGUCUCCUCAAAACUAUAUUAUGCGAGACUUAUCAGCCUCUAUAGUGGUUCAGCGGCGUGUGAUGAGAAAUUGGAUUGAUUCUCAGCAGUUGAAAUAUUUUUGGGUUGGCCAUGGUUCUCUUUCAGGUUUUGACAUGACCAUCUCUCUGCCUGAAAUACAGAUGAUACUUCUUGCGGGUGAGUCAUUUUCUGCGCUUUAUAGCAAUGAUAUUAGUAGAGGUGUGCGACAAAGGAGCUUGACCAGUAGUCAGGAGUUUGCUGGAAAGAUGGAUCGCAGUGUUCCUGAUGGAACUAUUGUUGCCAUUGAAGAUGUCUAUCAACAUAUGUUUAUUGCAGUUGAUAGUGCUGAAAGUAGUUAUAGUUUAGUUGGUGAUAUACACUAUUCACUUGCAGGCGAGAGAGCUCUCUUCAGGAUCAAGUAUCAUGAUUCCAGGAGGUGGAGCCCACAAAUUCCUUAUUUCUCAUUGAUUUCGUUGUAUGCUACGGAUGAAUCUGGGGAACCGCUGCACUUAAGCUGCCAGGUUAGAUCUGAUUAUGUUGACAUUUCCAGCACCAAUCGUGGUGCAUGCACACUUUGGUAUGCCAUUCCUUUUGAAUCAAAAGCGUUUGAGGGAGCUGCUGAUUGUGAAAUGUUCCCCUCAACUAAACAUAUGUUUCAACUUGUGAACAAGAAAAAUGGCCGGGCUGCUGCUUUUGUUGAUGGAGUCCUUGAACUGGUCAGCAAGCCUGGAAAUCCCUUCAAGUGGAAAGUACUUCCGAAUCAUUUUCCACCUGUUAAUAAUAAUUUGCCUAGUAACCAAUCAGGGGAGGUAUCUCAGACUAGUAGUCAAUGUGAUUUACAUGUAGAAGACAUAGCAAAUCCUGGAAAAAAUGAAAAUAGUUACGGUAUAACCAUUACAGUGGACAAUAUAUCAUGGACCAUUGUGCAUGAACUUUCACAUACCAAGGAAAAGUUUCCACUCCUUCACGGAUCUGUUAGUUCAACUGAAACCGUGGUUCAGAUUUCAAACAUUAAAGUUCGGGUUAUAAGCAGGUUACAAGCUAUACUACAUUUUUUUGAUGCCAACAAAAACUCAUGGAGAGAACUUAUGCAUCCACUUGAAGUUGUCCUUUUCUAUCGUUAUAGACUCCUCUCUGAGGACUUGGGAAAUGUUACACAUCAGAUGCCUGGUCAUUUCUAUGCAAGAACUGGAGAGUUAAAUUUUACAAUGAGUGAGCUUUCACUCGAUAUCAUACUCUUUAUCAUUGGACAGUUGAAUUUGGCUGGACCUUACACAGUGAGAAGCUCCAAUAUUUUGGCGAACUGCUGCAAGAUCGAAAACAAGUCAUGCUUGACGCUUGUCUGUAACUUUUAUGAUAAUAAAGAUGUUUCAGUUGCUGGAAGACAGUCUAAUAUCAUAUUCUUAAGGCAUUUGGCUUCAACAAAUCAAACCCAAGACGCAUCUAUCUUUUCAAUCCAACUUACAGAGACGAGGGUCCUUUCUACUUCUUUGAUUCGUCUCUCUCUCUCGGAAGCCCAAACAUUCUCUUGCAGAACACGUAUAGAAUCAUCAAAAGAAUCAAAAACCUUCCCUGGUCCAUGCCUCAUGGUCGAAAUUUCACCUAUGACUGAGGAUGGCUUGUCAGUUGUGAUAUCUCCAUUGCUUCAAGUUCACAAUCAAACGGAUUUCCCUUUGGAGCUGCGUUUUCAACGUGGUCAACAAAAAGAAACUGAGUAUGCUUCUGUUCUUCUGAAUGCCGGGGAUACAAUUGAUGAUACCAUGGCCACAUUUGAUGCCAUUAGUCUCUCUGGUGAACAAAGAAAAGCUUUAAUGUCACUAAGUAUUGGUAAUUUCUUACUCUCUUUUAGACCAAGCAUCAUAGAUGAGAUAACAAACAUUAAGGUUUCAACAGUCCACUGGUCAAGUGAUCUCAAAGGGAGGAAGCCUGUCCAUUUAUCAGGAUUGUUUGAUAAAUUAAGUUACCAAGUCCGGAAGGCAUUUGCUGUUAAAUCACUGAAAUAUUCCUUCAGUACUGCAUAUUGUGAUAUAGAGCUGGAAGAUGGGCGUGCUGCUAAGAUACACUUCCUGAUUCACAGCAUUGGGAAGGAUGUGCCUCUUACACACCCAGAUACCUUUGGAUAUGUACAUGUCGAUAAGAGUUCUUCAAUUUCACUGCAAGAGCAGAAAGAAAUCUUUCUUAUUCCUACUGUUUGUGUUUCCAACUUAUUACAAACCGAGAUUCAUGUGGCUUUGAACGAGAAAGAUCCUCAUUCAACUGCGGGCAGUGACAGUAUAUGGAACACUGCGACUAUUACCUCAGGAUCCUUUGUCAAUUUAUAUGCUGACCCUGCGUUUAAAUAUUUUUCUGUCACUUUGACUGCUUUUGGUUCAAGUUGUAAACCAAUUGAUAGCGCUGACUGGGUGAAAAGGUUACAGAAACAAAAAAGUACUCUCCCACAUCUAGACAUUGAAUUAGACUUUUGCAAUAAAAAGUAUUUUGCGUUGCUUAGACUGUCUCGGGGACACCUGGGAAAACUAGAGGCUGCUAUCUUUACUUCAUAUACUUUGGAAAAUGAUAUGGCUUUUCCUUUGUUUUGCUUCCCAGCAAAUCAGAAGCCUAUGUCUAGGGAUGUUGUCCUAAAACAUGGUUCUGAAUUUCCUCCAGAGCUAGGUUCAUAUCUUCCUCCUAAAUCUAGGAGGUCCUUGUUUUUUAAAUGCCACAAGGUGCGCUUCACAAUGACAGAUCAAAACAACACAUCUGAUGCACUACUGGACUUGGAUGCUUUGUCAGGCCUUACAGAGGUGGACCUUGAACUAGACGGGAAAUCCGGGCUUAAGCAUUUAAUAAAGUUAGGAGUAUCUUUAAAGCCAUAUACUAGUAAAGGACUCCCUUCUCAAAUGGUACUGGUGAACCCACGAUACGUUGUAGUGAAUGAAUCGAAUGAGGUUAUCUAUGUCCGUCAAUGUUAUUUGGAGGAAGAUGGCAUCGAAGAAACAAUCAUUACUCUCAACAGUAAACAAAGAGUGGCCAUAACAUUGAGAAGGGGGGUACAUAAAAAGAGAGAAACUACUGUUUUUGAGAAUUUUCUCAAAAAGCACCAAAAGUCUCACGAUGAUUUGUCAUUUAUUCAGUUCCGACUGAAUGAACCUGGAUUAAGUUGGUCAGGACCAGUAUGCAUUGCUUCGCUUGGUCGAUUUUUCCUUAAGUUCAGAAGAUCUUUGGAAUCUCUGGCCAGUCAAUCAGAUCAUUCAACAUGUUAUGACUCCAAUAUACAUGGAUUUGCUUCUGUUUAUGUUGUUGAAGAAGGCUCUAGCCUUGUUUUACACUUUUACCAGCAUCCAAAUUUAGACCCUCCUUACAGGAUUGAGAACUGCUUGCAUGACACUGCAAUUACAUAUUACCAAAAGGGUUCACUGGUGCAGGAGAUUCUGGGAUCUGGAAGUAGCAUUAGUUACGUUUGGGAUGACUUGACUCUUCCUCAUAAGCUAGUUAUCCAAAUUGGUGAUGUGCACCUAUUGCGUGAAAUAAGCUUAGAUAAGGUGCGUGAAUGGAAAAAAGUUUACAGGACCAAGCAACAGAGAGGAUUUGGGUUCCAUUUACCAUUAGAGAAGCAACCUGAAAAUGAGAGAAGUGGCUAUAGCCAAUCCAGUGGUAGAGAGAUGGUAAAUUUAGGUUACGAAGUGUAUACAGAUGGAUUGACUCGUGUCUUGAAAUUUUCUGAGUUUGCUGAUAGACGCAGAGGGGAUACUUUAUUCAAUUCUAGAACAAAGAUGCAGCUAAUAGUGUCAAAUUUGGCAAUUCAGUUACUUGAGUGUGCAAGACAGGAAAUGAGUGAAGUUAACAAGGAUGAACCAUCAAUCUACACUCCUAUUCUUGCUGUGAGACUUGAAAGCAUCAGUUUGAAUUCUGUGUUUACUGACCAUCACAAGUUUAACCAGAUAAGGGUACAGGCUUUAAGUGUGGAUCAGAAGUGGCAUGGAGCUCCUUUUGCAGCCAUGCUUCGUAGGAACCAGUUAGAAGAUUGCGACAAAACUGACAGUGUACUCCAAGUAGAACUUGUUCUAGUUUCAUCCAAUUCCAAAGUUAAACAAGUCAAGUACUUAUCAAUUGUUCUGCAGCCACUUGAUUUCAAACUUGAUGAGGAGACACUAAUGAAGAUUGCCCCUUUCUGGAGAUCUUCUCUUAGCGAUUCAAAUACUCCAAGUCAACAGUAUUAUUUUGAUCAUUUUGAGAUUCACCCUAUCAAGAUUGUUGCUAGCUUUCUUCCAGGUGAAGCUUAUGCUGGUUACAGCUCUGGCCAGGAGACACUGAGGACCUUAAUUCAUAGCGUGAUAAAGAUGCCUGUUAUUAAAAAUAUGACUGUGGAGCUCAAUGGAGUACUUGUUACACAUGUACUGUUAACUUUGCGUGAAUUAUCAAUUAAAUGUGCACAACAUUAUUCUUGGUAUGCAAUGAGAGCAAUUUAUAUUGCAAAAGGGAGCCCAUUGCUUCCUCCAGCAUUUGCUUCUAUCUUUGAUGACUUUGCUUCUUCCUCUCUAGAUGUCUUUUUUGAUCCUUCAACUGGUCAUAUCAAUUUUCCUGGAUUUACUAUGGGUACAUUCAAACUCAUCAGAAAGUGCAUCAAUGGUAGAGGGUUUUCCGGAACAAAACGAUAUUUGGGUGAUCUUGGAAAAACUUUGAAAUCAGCUGGGUCAAAUAUCCUGUUUGCUGCUGUCACUGAAGUAUCGGACUCAGUUCUAAAAGGAGCAGAAGCAAGUGGAUUUAAUGGAAUGGUGAUUGGGUUUCACCAAGGAAUACUGAAACUGGCAAUGGAGCCUUCUGUAUUGAGCACUGCUUUUAUUGAAGGGGGUCCUGAUAGAAAAAUUGGACUUGACCGAAGUCCUGGUGUUGAUGAGCUAUACAUUGAAGGUUAUCUGCAAGCCAUGUUAGACACGAUAUACAAACAAGAAUAUCUAAGUGUGAGAGUCCUGGAAACCCAGGUCAUCCUGAAGAACCUACCUCCUAACAGUUCUCUAAUAGAUGAAAUUGUGGAGCGUGUAAAGGGGUUUCUUGUGAGCAAGGGAUUGUUGAAGGGAGGUUCUUCAAAAGCUUCUCAUCCUUUACGUCAUAUUAGAGGGGAACGUGAAUGGAGAAUCGGUCCGACAGUGCUGACACUGUGUGAACAUCUAUUCGUGAGUUUUGCAAUCCGGAUGCUGCGGAGACAGGCUAAUAAGGUGAUCAAGGCUAAUGUCAAGUGGAAGGGGAAACCAGAUGACAAGAAGGAAGCAGCUAUUGUUAGUGGCCAUGGUAGCGGAGAAGGGAAGAAGGGGGGAAGUUUCAUAUGGAGAUGGGGCAUAGGAAAUUUUGUAAUAUCAGGGAUAGUUGCAUAUAUUGAUGGACGCUUAUGUCGACGCAUACCUAACCCCAUUGCAAGAAGGAUUGUGAGUGGAUUUCUUCUCAGCUUUCUUGAUAAAAGUGAAAACCACUGAAAGUCCUUAAAUAUUUGGAGUUGCUUUUUUCUUCUUCUUUGUAAUUUGUGAACAAAGAACUGGUGCUUGUGCAAUACGUAAAUAUUUCAUUUUUGAAGAAAAUUCUCAGCGCGUUUCAAGAACGUCUUGGUAGAAAAGAAAAUACUUGUAACU